AUGUCGUACCCUCAGCCGGAGAAGCACGGAGGCUUCACGCUCAUCGUCACGGCGACCAUCCAGCCCGACAAGGUCGACGAGUGGCUGAGCCAUUUCUGGCCCGCGUUCGAAAGGGUCUCGAACGAGCCCGAGUGCCUGAGCUUCGAGCUGUUCCGCUACCCGGACGAGCCGAACAAGGUCAAGUGGGUGGAAAGCUGGAGUAAGAGUAAGGAGUGGUUUUUGGAGAACCAAUUUACGAAGCCGUACAUGAAGCCGUACCUCGACGCCACGGACAAGCUGAUGAUCGGGGAGAAGCAAUGGGAGGUGGUGGAGAGGUUUGGAGGGAAGUGGUCUGCCGCUCGCGAGGGAGCUUACGAAAAGCUCUGA